AUGGAUGAAAAGUCCAAUAAACCAUCGCCAAAUGUCGACGACGAUGAAAAGCCCAGUUGCAGUAAGAAGGAAACCCAAAAGCAACAGGAGGACGAGGAUUUGGCCAACAUCGUCACAGCCGAAGAAUAUUUGAUGCGCAAGGAUGUGGUACUACUCGAUUAUGAGAAGCAAAUGUUUCUGGACAUGGUUCAUGCUGAUGCACUGCUGGUAUGUGCCAAGGGCUUAUCUUAUGAACGUGUCUUAUUGAAUAUACUAAAGGCCUACAGCGAUGCCGGUAAUUUGAUUUUGGUCAUCAACAGUUCUGACUGGGAAGAGGAGUACUACAAGAAUAGAUUGGAUAUGAAAUAUAUACAUGAGGUAGCAAAUACGGCCACGGAACGUGAAAAAGUUUACCUCGAAGGAGGCAUACAAUUUAUAACCACUCGCAUACUGGUUGUUGAUCUCUUGAAACAAAGAAUUCCCGUAGAACUGAUAACGGGCAUAGUGGUGUUAAGGGCUCACACCAUCAUCGAGUCUUGCCAAGAAGCCUUUGCUUUGCGACUCUAUCGUCAACGCAAUAAAACCGGAUUCAUCAAAGCCUUCUCCUCCAGUGCAGAGGCUUUUACCAUUGGCUUUGGUCAUAUUGAACGUAUAAUGCGUAACCUAUUUGUAAAAGAGCUUUUCAUUUGGCCACGUUUCCAUGCCUUGGUACAGGCUUCUUUAAAACCAUACGAGGCGCAGACCAUCGAAUUACAUGUACCCUUGACGGAGAAGAUGAAACUGAUGCAAACUCAAAUUUUGGAUAUCAUGAAUUAUUUGGUGAAGGAAAUAAAACGCAUCAAUCGUACUGUGGAUAUGGAGGAAAUCACAGUGGAGAAUUGUGUAACCAAAAAGUUCCAUAAAAUUUUGCAGGCUCAGUUGGAUAGUAUCUGGCAUCAACUUAAUUCCCAAACUAAAUUAAUAGUGGCAGAUUUAAAAAUUCUAAGGAGUCUCAUGAUUUCGACUAUGUACAAUGAUGCUGUAAGUUCGUAUGCCCUUAUCAAACGCUACAGAACAAAGGAGUAUGCUUUGAGCAAUUCUGGUUGGACAUUACUAGAUUCUGCCGAACAAAUAUUUACAUUGUCCAAAGAUAGAGUGUAUAAUGGACAAGGUGAAUUUGAUCCUGAACAUUGCCCCAAAUGGAAGUUUCUUAGCGAAAUUUUAAAAGUGGAAAUUCCCGCCGAUAUGAAACGCACCAAACCCGAUAGUUAUGAUCCUCCAAAAGUGCUUAUUCUUUGCCAAGAUUCUCGCACAUGUUACCAACUGAAACAGUACCUAACUCAAAGUGGCGAGCGUUAUCUUCUCUACACAGCCAUGAGAGAACAAAUUCCAGUCGGUAAACUAGCCAAAGCAUUUGACAAGAUUCAGGCAGGAAAAGAACUUGAAUUCUCAUUGGCACAAGACCAGUCACAGACCCAAAGAAAUUCCAUCAAGUCUGAGAGAAAAGAUAUGCCUGAUGAUGGUGAUGAUGUGACUAACUCCACACAAUUGGAUGAGUUGACACAGCUCUUGAUGACGAACGAUGCGGAUGAUCAUUUACAAUAUUUUCAGGAGAGUUAUAUGCUGACCAUGACACAAACACAAUUUGAUGAGUCCGAUUUAACGCUAAUGAACGAUAGUGGCACAGGCGUAGAGGAUAAUGUUGACAAUUCAAUAUUUGAGCCGUUUCCAGAACUGGAAAAUUUAGAUAUUACAGCUGCGGUGGCAGCUCAGAAACAACCUUUAAUUUGCUUGCAAACAUUCAAAACAGAUAGAGAAGGGUCGACAGUUUUGGAUCGUGUACUAGAGGAAAUAAAUCCCCAAUAUGUUAUCAUGUAUCACUGCAAUGUCACUGCCAUUCGACAGUUGGAAAUAUAUGAGGCACGCCAAAGGCGUCCUGCCAAGGACAGAUUGAAAGUUUUCUUUUUGAUACAUGCACGAACCGUCGAAGAGCAGGCAUAUCUAACCAGUCUACGAAGGGAGAAACAGGCUUUCGAAUAUAUUAUAGAGACCAAAAGUAAAAUGGUUAUUCCCGAAUAUCAAGACGGCAAAUCAGAUGAAGCAUUUAAUUUAUAUAAAGCCUACAAACAUCCUGAGGAUAGUGUAGAGUCUGCCAAUGCUCAAAGUCGUAAAGCUGGUGGCCAAGUUUGUAAACAAGCAGAGGAAGUACCUAAUCCAAAAGUGAUUGUUGAUAUGCGAGAGUUCCGCUCGGACUUGCCCUGCUUACUACAUAAAAGAGGUUUAGAAGUUGUGCCAGUGACAAUAACGAUCGGUGAUUACAUCCUUACCCCUGAAAUUUGUGUGGAACGUAAAUCAAUAUCAGAUUUAAUUGGUUCUCUUAACUCUGGUCGUUUGUACAACCAAUGCAUACAAAUGCAACGUUAUUAUGCCAAACCUAUACUCCUGAUAGAGUUUGAUCAGAAUAAGCCAUUCCAUUUGCAGGGUAAAUAUAUGAUUUCCCAGAACACUGCUACCACCAAUUCCGAUAUAAUGCGAAAACUGCAAUUACUUACCCUGCAUUUUCCAAAAUUGCGUCUAAUAUGGUCGCCAAGUCCAUAUGCCACAGCUCAAUUGUUUGAGGAAUUAAAAUUGGGUAAGCCGGAACCAGAUCCCAAGCAUGCAGCUUCAUUAGGUGCCGACGAUACGGGAGCCUAUGAUGAUUUGAAAUUCAAUGCUAAUAUUUAUGAUUUUUUACUGAAAUUACCUGGUGUUAAUACGAGAAAUAUCCAUAAGUUAAUGCGGCAUGGAGGCAGCCUCAAGGAAUUGUUAAAGAAAUCUCAGAACGAACUUGCAGAUUUUUUGGAUUCAAAAGAAAAUGGAAAAUUAUUAUGGGACAUCCUGCAUGUGGCUCAUUUACCGGAAAAAGAUGAAGUGUCUGGCUCUUCAGCCUUAUUGGCUUCAAGCAAACAAAUGGGAGCCCAUUCACGUUUUCGACGUGGUGCGGCAGCCAAUGUAGGCAGUCGUGGCGGUAUUUUGCGCAAAUUUAAGAAUUAA